AUGGCUGCUACACACCACUCCAGGAGGUCCCGUGAGGCCUCGCAAACCGAGAUGCCCAUCGGUUCAUACACCAGGCUGGAUGAGAUCGGCCGAGGGAGCUUUGCUACGGUCUACCAAGGUGUCCAUACGAAAACACGCACCUAUGUGGCUAUCAAGUCGGUCAACAUGUCCAAGCUGAACAAGAAGCUCAAGGAGAACCUCUCCUCCGAAAUCCACAUCCUCAAGGGCCUCUACCAUCCGCAUAUCGUGGCUCUCAUCGACUGUCACGAGACUACAUCGCACAUCCAUCUGGUGAUGGAGUACUGUGCCCUGGGGGACUUGUCCCUGUUUAUCAAACGCCGCGACACCCUCGCGGAUCACCGCUACACCAGGGAGAUGAUCUCCAAAUACCCCAACCCGCGUGGCGGUGCCCUCAACGAAGUCGUCGUCCGCCACUUCCUGAAGCAACUUUCCAGCGCCCUCAAGUUCCUUCGGGAUCGAAACCUUAUCCAUCGCGAUAUCAAACCCCAGAACCUGCUGCUGUGCCCGUCCCCCUCGUCUUACCGGUCCGGCAUGGCUCAGGUGGUCCCCUUCAAGGGCAGCGAGGACUCCUUUAGCCCGACGACGGGACUGGAGUCGCUACCCAUGCUCAAGAUUGCCGACUUCGGCUUCGCCCGGUCUCUCCCCGCCACCUCUCUGGCCGAAACCCUGUGUGGGUCGCCGUUGUACAUGGCCCCCGAGAUUCUCCGCUACGAGAAGUACGAUGCCAAGGCAGACCUCUGGUCCGUGGGCACAGUCCUCUACGAGAUGGUGGUGGGCAAGCCGCCGUUCCGCGCGACCAACCACGUUGAGCUGCUCCGGAAGAUCGAAAAGGGCGAGGAUCGGAUAAGGUUUCCGGAAGAGAACCCUGCCUCGGACGCGGUCAAGGCGCUGAUCAGAGCCCUGCUGAAGCGGAACCCGGUGGAACGGAUGAACUUCGCGGACUUCUUCGAGAGCGGCAUCAUAAUAGAGCCAAUCCCAGGGAUAAUAUCUGAUGAUACGCCUUCCCGCCGGCGUCCCUCCCCCGUUCUAGUGGCCGCGGAGCCAUCUGCUCGGCCCGAUUCUCGGACUGGGCUGAAUACCCCGACGUCAGCUAGACGGGAGAAGGAGACGGUAUCUGCGGGGGCCCGGGAGGAGCCGGUCACGUAUCCCGUGGCCCAGCGCACCGUGACGCAGAGCCCCAGACCGGAGACUCCCCCCACGCCGAUGCGUAGAACAGGGAGUGCGGACAGGCCUCUGUCGAUUGCCCGGGCGUCUACACCCCCGGUCUCCUACCCGACGCGGCCUGGUCCGGUCUCGCACGCGACUGCUCCUGCCCGGCAGGAUCUGCCCGAGCGCGGUUCCACGGCAGCCGCCGAGCGACAACGGAGUCGUACGGCUUCUUCCGGGGUCCCUCAGGCCGAGAAGUCCGUGGUCAAGAACGAGAGAGAGCGUGCCGCCCAGGAAGUUGCGUUCGAACGAGACUACGUGCUGGUGGAGAAGCGCGCGGUGGAGGUCAAUGCCUUCGCCGACGAGUUGGCAUACGAUCCUCGGAUGCGAACCGGUCAAGCUGGGACAUCUCGUCGCUCGACGAUACAGGGCACCCCGCCGGCCACGGCCACGUCACCCCAGGCCUCCCCUGGCAAAGCCAUGCAAAUCGUCUCCGGACGGUCGCGGGCGGAUUCGGCACACAUCCGUCAGAAUUCCUACGAGCGCCGGUACGGACAGAGCCCGACGUCGGCCACAUCGGCGAUCUCGAAGGCUCUAAAUAUGGCCAGCGGGCGUCUGUUUGGGAUGGGCUUUUCUCCACCCAUGACCAUCACCAAAGGCGGGCGUUCCCCCCCGCUGGCGUACAACCCCUUCCCGGCCUAUCCCAGUGCCCAAGGUAGUUUGAUUGUCCUCGGAGAUGGGUCGAAGCCCAGCCCUAGUCUGGACGAAGACACCAAAAUCAUCAACGAGCUGGAGGAGUGUGCGACUCGCAGCGACGUCGUGUACGGGUUUGCGGAGGUGAAAUACAAGCAGCUGAUCCCGCUGGCACCAUCCGUCCAGACCGACCCUCCCGGCAAGCCGAUUCCCACCGGCGAGCCGGACUCCGAGCUGGCCGAUGGAGGGCUCACGGUCGACGCGGUCGUGACACUGUCCGAGGAAGCUCUGGUUCUCUACGUCAAGGCGCUGGCUCUGCUGGCGAAGUCGAUGGACAUCGCGGGGGCCUGGUGGACGCGCAAAAACCGCGGCGAGGCGUUCGGCGAGAUGGCCGUCGGCAAGGGGGAUGCCACGUCGGGCGCCCGGAUCAACAACGUGGUGCAGUGGGUCCGGAAUCGGUUCAACGAGGUGCUGGAAAAGGCCGAGUUUGUCCGCCUCAAGCUGGUGGAAGGGCAGAAGCGUUUGCCGCCGGACCAUCCCAACUACCCCAGCCAUCAUUCGAUCGGGUCCUCCGUGGGCUCCGGGUCGUCGGGUGACGUCGUGGUCAGCUCUGGGGUGACGGCGGAGAAGCUGAUGUACGACCGGGCCCUGGAGAUGAGUCGGGCGGCGGCGAUCAACGAGCUCACGAGCGAGGACCUCGCCGGGUGCGAGAUCGCGUACAUCACGGCCAUCCGGAUGCUCGAAGCGGUGCUGGAGGACGACGAGGUGUCGCGUCCGGGGCAGAUCGACAAGGGCAGCACCGGCCGGAAGGACCACGACAAGAUCAUGCUGGACGCCGUGCAGGCGGAAGACCGUCAGGUGGUGAUGAAACGUAAGUCCCCCCCCCCUUUUUUUUUCUCAUGGGGAUGUCUAUGCAGGAUGCCGGACAGGACCGAUGCUAACGCGACGGACAGUGGUGGCCAGCAUCCGAAACCGCCUGGCGUCGCUGAAGAAGAAACUGGCGCUGAUCUCGAAACGAAACGCCCACACGCCCCCUUCCAGCGGGCCGGGCAAAAUGGCCCCCUCGAACCUGGUGCCUGUGUCUCCGGCCAUGGGCGCGACUCCGCCCCGAGAAAUAAGACAUUGAUGAUUCAUUAUACACGCAUGCAGGAACAUGCGUCUUCUUUUUCUUCGUCUUCUUCUUCUUCUAUUCCGAUUCACUUCUAUGGUCCUGGCGCCUCGGCGUGUCCGGGUACCUGA